AGUGUGAGGCGAGGGCGGCGGUGGUUGCUGCCAUGGUGGCGACGGGCCCGGUACAGGAUGUCUAGACUGGGGGUCCUGGGCGGCGCCCGCACGGGCCUGGGGCUGUUGCUGGGCACCGCCGCGGGCCUUGGAUUCCUGUGCGCCCUUUACAUCCAGCGGUGGAAACGAACUCAGCGCCAUGGCCGGAGCCAGAGCCUGCCCAACUCCCUGGACUACACGCAGACUUCAGAGUCCGGACGCGAGGUGAUGCUGCUGCCGGCGGCCCCAAGGGAGGCUGGAGAUGCUGUGGCGCCAUCCCGUCUUACACGAGAAGGGCAGCAGGAAGUGCUGGGCCGCCUGGACUCCGUGCUGACCAGUCUCGCGGUGCUGCGGCGGGAGGUGGAGGAGCUGAGGAGCAGCCUGCAAGGGCUUGCAGGGGAGAUUGUUGGGGAGGUCCGAUCCCACAUGGAGGAGCACCAGAGGGUGGCGCGGCGGCGAAGGUUCCCGUUUGCCCGGGAGAGGAGCGACUCCACUGGCUCCAGCUCUGUCUACUUCACGGCCACAUCGGGAGCCACACUCACAGAUGCCGAGAGUGAAGGCGGGUACACAACAGCCAACGCUGAGUCUGACUAUGACCAGGACGCUGACAAGGAGAGUGAGGACGGGGAAGAUGAAGUGAGCUGCGAGACUGUGAAGAUGGGGAGAAAGGACUCUCUGGACCUGGAGGUGGAGGCAGCUUCGGGCCCUGGGCCUGGUACCCUGGAGGAUGGCGGAGUCUCUGGCCAGGAGGAUGUGUUGCCCCUCUUGCGGCAGGCGGACGAGCUGCACCAGGGCAGUGAGCGGGACAAACGGGAGGGCUUCCAGCUGCUGCUCAACAACAAGCUGGUGUAUGGAAGCCGGCAGGACUUUCUCUGGCGCCUGGCCCGAGCCUACAGUGACAUGUGUGAGCUGACUGAGGAGGUGAGCGAGAAGAAGUCAUAUGCCCUAAAUGGAAAAGGAGAAGCGGAGGCUGCUCUGGAGAAGGGGGAUGAGAGUGCUGAAUGUCACCAGUGGUAUGCAGUGCUUUGUGGUCAGCUGGCUGAGCAUGAGGGCAUCCAGAGGCGCAUCCAGACUGGCUUUAGCUUCAAGGAGCAUGUGGACAAGGCCAUUGCUCUCCAGCCAGGAAACCCCAGCGCUCACUUUCUUCUGGGCAGGUGGUGCUACCAGGUCUCUCACCUGAGCUGGCUAGAAAAAAAAACUGCUACUGCCUUGUUGGAAAGCCCUCUCACUGCCACUGUGCAGGAUGCCCUGCAGAGCUUCCUGAAGGUUGAAGAACUACAGCCAGGAUUUUCCAAAGCAGGAAGGAUAUAUAUUUCUAAGUGCUACAGAGAACUAGGAAAAAACUCUGAAGCUCGACAGUGGGUGAAGCUGGCGCAGGAGCUGCCAAGUGUCACUAAUGAGGAUUCAGCUUUCCAGAAGGACCUAGAAGAAUUGGAAGUAGUUUUAGGGGAAUAAUUGCAUUCCAGUGGCCUUUGCAACUUGAAGGAUACCACUGUGUACUUCAGGGGGAAAAUCAAGGCUUUUUUGUUAGGCCUGCUUGGCUCAGGAAGUGGAGCGAGACUGGCUUAGGGAGUGUCCUGCCUCUUGGGUCUGAGGGCUGCCUGCGAACAUGCUGCAGUUUCUUGCCUGAUGUCCACCAGUUAAUCUACUCUAAUCCUUUACCUAAUCUGAAAUUGGGGGAGUAGCUGAAGCCUAGGUUUCUGUUCUCACCCUUAAGUGAAUUUUUGAAAGAUUGAGACUAGCACGGCACCUGCGCACCUGCCCUAGGGUUGAGCGUGGGUGGACCCCUGAAGGCCACUGGAACUGAGAGAAGGAAGCAGUAGCACUGCUUUCAGUUGCUGGUGAGGUAGGUGAACUUCAAAGAGCUACAGGAGCAAAGCACAGAACACCUUAAACUCUAGUCCUUUUCACUGACUGAUAUUCAGCACCAGUGUGCGUGGUCUGAGAUCAUACCGUCUUACCAGAGUGAGGGAAGGGGUCAGGGCAGUCCACAGUUUUGCCCUCUUACCACCUAUCAUGUGGAUUUCUAACU